CAGGGCUCGGCGGCAGCAUGGCGGCCGCGGCGCUGGGCACCGGCCCGGGCGUGGUGCUGCUGCCGCUGCUCUGGGGCCUGGCGCUGCUGCUCUGCCUGGCGCUGUCCCGCGCGGCCGGCCGGGCCCGGUUCGCCGUGGUGCCGGUGGCGCUGGGAGCCGCUGUCCUCAGCGCCGCGCUGCUCCUCUUCCCCCGGGAGGACGGGAGCCCGGCCUCAGCCGCCGCCGAGGAGAUCGUGGACACCUUCUUCAUCGGCCGCCUGGUGCUGCUGGCUGUGAUGAGCCUGGUGGUGCUGGGCUGCCUCUUCCUGCUCCUCAUCUACCACCUCCUGGAGCCAGUCUAUGCCAAACCACUCCAUGGCAGCUAGCAGCGGCAGCCUGCGCCCAGAGGAGAUCUCAGUUUGAUGGCACUGACCCAGAGCUGGGCAGCAGGAGGCUGCAGGUGUGGGCUGUGCCAGGCUCAGAGAGGGCCAACAAAGCAGGUGAAGGGCUUCACUGCCACCCAGCACUGCAGCCUUCAGCUCUGAAAGCAGCACCUGCACCGAGCAGCACCAGCAGCUGCCUCUGCAGGAGGCUGCAGUUCAAGCCUCUGCAGGCUGCAAAGGUGCUUUAACCUCUCCCCCUCUUUGCACUCAACACUGGAGCGGGCCUGGGCUGCUUUGUUCCCGUUCCCCAGAGGUGCUUUGCUACUGUUUCUUUUUCACUUCAGUUUAAUAAAACUCUUCAUUUAUUUA